AUGAAGAAUUCGAGAUACAAGGAUACGCCUCGGUACCAGAGCCAAGUGACGCUGCUCGAGCUCGAUAGGACCAGACAGGAUGGGCCGUCGAGUUGGUCGGGGACGCCGGUACAGGGUCUUGAGACCCAGGGUCUAAGCGUCGAGGUUGCAGGUGACCGGGGCAUGGUGACGACCAACUCAACAGUCGUCGGCAUGUCAAAGUGUGGCUACAGACUCACGUCUGCAGAUCAGCUCGGUGGCAAAGCCUCGUUUCGCCCUACGGUACCAGUCGAGGCCCACCAACAGACAGAGAACUCGUCAAAUCAGAGCUGGCCGUUGUCGGUUAUACACGAUGCAUCUUCAGACCGGCAGAAUAUGCCGGAAAUCGUCUUAUCGAGUUUGUCGCCUAAAUUCACGACUGAGCCUCAGCUUCAUCAGCCGAACGUGGCCUCAUUUAAUUGCAAACCAGACAAGCAGGCGGCUCUUAAUCUCGUCACUUCAACAGGCGGCAUGUCUGCAAGCAGUCCUAAUCUCGCAACUUCUAGUCUGAGUCUAUUCCAGAGCCUGAAAGAUUUGGAUUUAUCCUUUCUUAGCAAUGAGGAGAGAAACCGAGUGUUGAAUGUAAUAACAAAAGACUUGCAGCUGCGGGCUUACGAGAAGAACAGGUUACAGUAA